GCAGAAGAGGCCGAGGAUGAGAGAGAGGGAGAGAGAGCCAAGAGCAGCAGCAGCAGCAGCCGCUUCUUGGGCCGCCGCCGCCUCCUCCGAAGCUCCGAGCGAAGCGGCCACCGAAGCUUUUCCCUCUCAGGGCCGCCGGGAGGAAGCGCCCGUCAUGGUCCCGGGGAGGGGGAAGAGAGAGACGGACAGGAACAACAACAAUAACAACAUCCGCUCUCCGGCGCCGCGGCAGCCACUGACUGGGAAGCCGAGGGCGCCAAGCCCCGCCCCUUUCCUCGCCGCGCGGCGCUCUCGCAGGAGCACGCACGCACGCGCGAGAGCGAGGGAGCGAGCGCACGCCGGCCUGAGACAGCGAGGCCGCCGCGGAGGCCCCCGAAGCGCACGCGCCGCGCUCGCGCUGCUGUUUGAACAGAGGUGCGGCCAACGGCGGCCGCGCGGCUGCUAGUAAGCAAUAUACCACUGGCAUACAGUCUUGCAUUUUGCCAUAGCAAUCCAUAUAAAUCCAGAGGUGUCCAGUUGUUCCUUUUCCUGUCCUGUUCACAAAACAAUAAAUUUCCUUCAAAUUCUA